AUGUCAGAAUCAGAAGAGGAAAAGCUAAGUCAAGGAGUGCAAGAAAUGCAGUACUUGGAGGAACCAAAACAAAAGUUACCGGAACAUUCGAACUGUAGUUGGAAGCAGAAAGUUAUGACUUGGCUUGGUCUAAGUCGAAAAAAUGCAAAGUAUAUAUUUAAGAAUUCAUUUUAAAA